AUGGGUUGCGCAGGCGGCUCUGGAGGCGCUGAUUGCGUCCGCCGGGACCCCGGCUGGCGGCGGUUUCGUGUCGAUAGGCUGGCGGCAUCCCGCUGUUUGCACGGCCCUGGCGGCUUGUUCCUGCAGAAAGACGGCUCAAACCUCACUGAUUGGCUGCGGCGCCACUUGUCCCGGGAGGUCGGUGAGGCCAUCAAAACCACCUCCCUCCUGGUCUUCCUCGCUCUCCCCACCGCGCUCACAGUCACUCGUUUCGAAACUGCCACUGUCGUUUGUGCUAGUGUUUCCUUUCCUAUACUUCACGACUCCAUCUCCCAUUCAUUCCACCUAUCCGCUAUUACCUCUCGUGUGUCGCUAUUGACUGACGCCAACUUCACCUUCGUUGCGCCCGGAAUCGACGACUUCACUCUUUCCUUCUGCACCGCUGUCUACAUCACCGUCGACAACUGCCCGGUCGCUAUUCUCUACUACCUACCUUGGUACUACUCCUUGCGCAACCUUCGGCUGGUCUCGAAUAUACACCGCGCCAUCGUCCACCUCGUACACUGUUGAACAUUGUACAGCGACGCCUAGACUAGCAUUCUUCGGGUCCCCGCAGAGACCAACUCAACUCUCGAACAAAGUCAUUGUCAUGUCUGCUCGCUGACUUGGCAUUGUUCGUCUCUUUGUCACUUUGUCUUGUCACAUUCACCACCACUAUUCAUGACAAUACACCUGACAAUACAACCGGUCCGUUUAAAUAUAUCGC